ACGCUUCCAUUUUGCUUUGCUUUUCUUCUUUAGGGUUUCGAGCUUUUCUUUAAUCUUCUUUUUUUGUGUUUUGUUUGUCCCAAAAAAUGACAACUUUGCCCCCGUCUCUCUCUCCCUCUCGCUCCCAAACCACUUGCGCUUCUCUCCUUCAAGAAUUGCAGAUAAUAUGGGAUGAAAUAGGGGAAAGUGAUGGAGAAAGAGAUAAGAUGCUGUUGGAAUUGGAGCAAGAAUGUUUGGAUAUAUACAGAAGAAAAGUGGAAAUGACGCGAAAGUACAAGGCUGAUUUGCAUCACUGUUUGGCUCAAUCUGAAUCCGAAAUCGCCAACCUCGUUUCCGCCCUCGGCGAACAUUCCAUCUCCUUCUCGAGGAAGGGAAAGGGCACUCUCAAACAGCAAAUAUCUUCUGUAAGACCUGUUUUAGAGGAUCUGAGGUCGAAAAUGGAGCAAAGAGUCAAGGAUUUUACUGAAACCCAAUCACAGAUUGUACGAAUCUGUGCAGAAAUAGCUGGCAAUGGUCAGCCUAUCAUGUCUGCUGAUCCUCAACUAAAUGAGCGUGAUUUGACAGUCAAGAAACUGGGGGAGCUUAAGUCUCACCUUCAGGAGCUUCAGAAUGAGAAGAUUAUUCGGUUAGAGAAAGUUAACAGCCACAUUAAUAUGAUUCAUGAGCUGUCAGUUGUGAUGUCCUUUGAUUUCUUGAAGACGGUUAGUGACAUUCAUUUGAGCCUGAUUGAUCCUGCAAAUGGUCAAUCAAAGAGUAUCAGCAAUGAUACUCUAGCUAAAUUAACAGGCAUGGUUUAUUCACUGCAGCAAGAGAAGCAAAAAAGGUUACAAAAGCUUCAAUGUCUCGGGAGCACUUUGAUGGAACUAUGGAAUCUCCUUGAUUCACCUGCUGAUGAGCAAAAGAGAUUUGAGCAUGUUACUUCAUUGAUUUCUAGAUCAGUUGAUGAGGUCUCCAGACAAGGAUGCCUUGGUCUUGAUAUCAUUGAACACGUUGAGGUUGAGGUUGAAAGAUUAAAUGUACUGAAGGGUAGUAAAAUGAAGGAGUUGGUAUUUAAGAGGCAAAAUGAACUUGAGGAAAUCUACAGAGGAGUCCAUAUGGAUGUAAACAGUGAUGCAGCACGGCAGAUUCUUAUCAACCUCAUAGAAUCUGGUAAUGUUGAUGUGUCCAAUCUGCUGUCUAGCAUGGAUGAUCAGAUUGCAAAAGCCAAACAGGAAGCUUUAAGCCGGAAAGAUAUUUUGGACAAGGUAGAGAAAUGGAGACAUGCAUCCGAGGAGGAAAAAUGGCUGGAUGACUAUGAAAAGGAUGAAAACCGAUAUAGUGCAGGAAGAGGAGUGCACAAAAAUCUGAAACGUGCAGAGAAAGCACGCAUUCUGGUCAGCAAAUUGCCAUCUGUUGUUGAGAAUUUGACUACAAAAGUAAAAGCAUGGGAGCUGGAGAAAGGAAUCCCUUUUCUAUAUGAUAAGGCUUCGCUCUUACACAUGUUGGAGGAAUAUACUGUGCUACGCCAAGAGAGAGAGGAGGAGAAGCGUCGAUCUCGGGAGCAAAAACGGUUGCAAGAACAAUUUGCUGCAGAGCAAGAGGCACUGUUCGGAUCAAGACCAAAGAAGCCGUUGGGUCAGACUAAUACCAUGGCUGGAACACCAAUCAGUCGUCGGGUUUCUACUCCUUCAGGCAGGCAUGGGGUUUCAAGUUUAAAGGAACGUAGAGAAAGUGCUAGGGUCAACAAUGUAAUACCAUUGAACUUUGUUGCUCUCCCUAAGGAUGACUCCGUCUCUCGAGGUAAUUAGAUUGCCUUGAACUUCUUUUUAUCACAGCAUUGUAAAUGAUACACAAGAAAAGUUGAACUCUCUAUCCUAGCCUUUAUGAUUUUGUGCAUUUUACAUUGAGAUCAAAGAUGUUUGAUCUAUUAUUUGAUAUGAAAUGCACUUUUAUCAGAUUUG